GACCCGGGCCGGGCUCAGCCGCGCCACCAGCCCAACUGCAGACACCAAGCCCGGCCCGCCAGUCGCAUCGCCAUAGCAACUAAACUACCGCCUACACCGGAACCGGAACUUUCCUGUGGGAAGUGGCCCCUUCCCGGCGUCCCGCGGAGCGGGCGAAACCCCGCCCAGCACCGUGCCCAGUCAUCCUAGAGUAUCCCAGCAGGCCUCGAUUGCUCUUGGAAGGAAAUCGUCUUGCCUCUCGUUUCGCCUCUCCUUGCCUCGGAGCGUGACUUUGAUGGGCAUCCACAAUUGCCAAUCAACGACAAAGGAGAUGCCAACGGCCAAUAGGAAGACUGUAGGGUGCAGCUCAGCCGUAAGGACCGCCUCCAAGUUGCCGGGGCAAACGGUGACGUGAUUGGUAGAAUCGAGUAAUUGCGGGCUAGCGUUCUCCAAUCGUGAAGAGCAGUUUCGGGCCGGCCCAAUGAGGGCCUCCGGGAGGCGGACCUGGCAGCCGCGGGCCGAAGCAAGCCCCCAAGUGGUGAACCGAGGUUCCGGCGUCGAGGGCUCCGGCGAGCAAGCGGGUAUGAGCGGGUCCCUGGGCCGAGCGGCGGCGGCUCUGCUCCGCUGGGGGCGCGGUGCAGGCGGCGGCGGCCUGCGGGGCCCGGGCGUGUGGGCGGCGCGCUCGAGCUCCGGCGGCUGCUCGGCGGAGCAGCUGGACGCGCUGGUGAAGAAGGACAAGGUGGUGGUCUUCCUCAAGGGGACGCCGGAGCAGCCCCAGUGCGGCUUCAGCAACGCCGUGGUGCAGAUCCUGCGGCUGCACGGCGUCCGCGACUACGCGGCCUACAACGUGCUGGACGACCCCGAGCUGCGGCAAGGCAUUAAAGAUUAUUCCAACUGGCCCACCAUCCCGCAGGUGUUCCUCAACGGGGAGUUUGUGGGCGGCUGCGACAUUCUUCUGCAGAUGCACCAGAACGGGGACCUGGUAGAAGAGCUGAAAAAGCUGGGGAUCCGCUCCAUCCUCCUGGAUGAAAAGAAAGACCAAGACUCAAAGUGAGGGCGGUGCAGGUCCUCACUGGCACGAUGCCCCGCGCUCCGGAGGGGAAGCUGUGGGUGUCGAAAACGCACCGCCAGCCAAGCCUUACCAAUCCUCGUUCUUGUUACGGAGACACAGCGGCUUGCGCUAGUCUCCAGGCGUGCAGCAGUCAGUCAUUUCAGUGUGUCUGGUGUUUGGGACUUGAUUAUAACCACUGCACUGUAAUGACUCAGUGUUGUGGUCUGAUAUUGUACACAAAACCUGUUCUUAGAUUGCCGUUUUCUCUCUGCCCAGUGCCAGAGUAGAACGUGGGGCUUUUGAAUCAUCACGAUUAUUCAUGACUCCUCAGCCUGUGUGUCAGUCCGCAAAGUCAUGUACCCCUCUCCCCUGCCCCCCCCAAAAUUUUGUAACUUGUCUGGCACAGAAACUGGACAAGGAAGAAGAUGUGGUAACUGGGGUGUUGUUUUUUUAAAUAAACUCAGCACAGGGAUA